UAAUGGUGAGUUUGUGAUAUAUAUAUAUGGAAGAGGUAGCCAUGGCUGUGGAGUGUGACAAGAGUUUUUCAGCUAGCUAUAUGUUAUUGAAAUGUGAGGAAGUGGGUUUGUUUGAUUUAUUGUAUUUAUUAUUAUAUUCGAGUGAUUCGGUGAAGAAGAAGUUAUUGGUUGAGUCGUCGGAUAAAGCUGAGGAAAGUUUUGGCCGCCGUUGGAUCAUUUUCUUGUCCAUUGUGGUUCAGAAGGUUUUGCAAUUUGUGUCCAUACCCCUCGCCGGGGUUGGGUCUGCCUUUGAGAUGGGUUUGAAUAUCUUGUCAAGUAACGGGAACCUCUUUAAUCUCAUUCUAAAUUUUAUUCGAGGAAGAGUAGUUAUUCCGGUGAGAAAAUCAGCAGAUUUCAAGUCCGUGAUUGGAAAUGUAGACUGGCGGCUGGGGCUUGACCCUGAAAUUAAACAUGGAGAUCCACGCUAUAAUGCAGCUCUCUCUAUCAUGGCUUCCAAGAUCUCCUACGAGAACCAACCUCUCAUUCAAAACACUGUCACUCAUCACUGGAAGAUGGAAUUCGUGGGAUUUUAUGACUGCUGGAACGAUUAUCAAAACAAAGCCACAACAAAAGUGUUCAUAAUGCGAGACAGAGACGAAGAUCACGACACCAUUGUGGUGGCCUUUAGAGGGACCGAACCAUUCAACGCCGACGCAUGGAUCUCGGACGUCGACAUCUCAUGGUACGAGAUCGAAGGAAUGGGAAAAAUCCAUGGUGGCUUUAUGAAAGCCCUAGGGCUAAAGAAGAGUAAAGGUUUUCCAAGAGAACUAGCCGAAAAUAGCAAACCCUUGGCUUACUACGAAAUUAGAAAGGAGCUGAAGAAGCUUUUGCAGCAAAACGACAAAGCCAAGUUCGUUGUAACCGGACACAGUCUGGGUGGGGCCUUGGCGGUUCUUUUCUCUGCGGUUCUUUCAUAUCACGAUGAGAAAUGGUUACUAGAGAGACUGGAGGGAGUGUACACUUUUGGUCAACCAAGGGUUGGAGACCACACCUUUGGAGAGUUCAUGGAAAAGGAAAUGGUUGAACAUGAUAUUCACUACUCUAGAUUUGUUUAUGGUUACGAUUUGGUACCAAGGCUUCCGUACGAUGACGAUUCCCUAAUGUUUAAGCAUUUUGGCACAUGCAUCUAUUGUAACAGGAAUUACCAACCAAAGAUUGUAGAAGAGGAGCCAAACAAAAACUAUUUCUCGCCACAGAAGGUGAUACCAAUGAUGGCCAAUGCUGUUGGAGAGUUGGUGAGAAGCUUCACUCUUCCACUAAGGAAAGGUCCUGUAUAUAAAGAAGGGAGGUUGAUGAGAUUUAUGAGGGUAAUUGGUCUGGUGAUUCCAGGGAUACCAGCUCAUUUGCCUCAAGAUUAUGUCAAUGCUACCCGCCUCAGCCCCCCAGACAGUCUCCUUCUUCCCAAGGAUUCCACUACUACACAUUUUAAAAUUCAAUAGGGGAACAACAAGUGUUUCUAGCUAAUAUUUGGAAUAUAAUUCAUCAAUAUAUGGACCUAACAUACGCCUUUAUACAUCAAAAUAGUAUAGAGACUAUCAAGAACCACAUAUAAACAGUGUUAAAACAAUAAAAAUAACUAAUCUCAUCAUUAUUGUUCAA